UACUGCAUUCUGAUUGGUCAAUAACUGUUUACCAAAUUUCGCGUCUACCCGCGGCGACGCUCUAGCCGUGCGGGUUUAAAUCACAGGUUUCUCUGGACCCGGUUUGAUCUGACGUCGACCUCUACUGUUUUGCCUACCUUUCCUCGCUAGGAUUUUCAAAUAAGCGCAAAAGUACAAUGCCUCGUAAGGCUAUGAAAGUUGUGGUGGAGUUAGAUAUUCACACGGUGACAUGCCCUGGCACUUUUCUCCGAGAUUAUGGCUAUGUUUAUUUGAAAGUAAAUUGCAUGGGUUUGGAAGUUAAUACCAAGUCUGUAGCUCCUACCUUUCCAUUGUUCUUUCAUGAACGUCUGCGAUUCGAACGGGUAUUCAAAAGCUGUCAGGACCCAGCAUACGUAACAGUUCACUUAAAAGGUGAAGAUGUUCUGGUAGAGCUAAGGCAGCACGAUGACUACAUUUCAGAGGGCUAUGUUAUUGGUCACUUUGCCAACAAUGCAAGAGACUUUUUGUAUCCUGCUGUUCCGCCAUAUCCAGGAUCAGGUCGUGAAGUGACCCUCUUCAAAACAUCUCUUUUUAACCCCAUAAGAAUUACAGGCCAGCCUCUGAGGUUAGAAUUUUCUACCAAGACCACCAUCAAGGAAGUCCCAGAUCCUACAGAUUACCUAUCAUCUGACUCUGGUGUCGAUGAUCUUCUGACAAACAGCACAUUUAGUACCAGUCGGCGAUCAGUCAGUCCCACAGGCUCUAAGCAAGUGCCACGGUCUCCCUCUCCUUCACGCCGCAAACUCACCAGUACACCACUACCUAGACCUGAUGAUACUCUUGCGAAUCACAAUAAACCAUUUCUUGUUCGUCAUAAAGACGAAGGUUUGUUGGAAAAUCGUGACUUUAGUUCUUUUACUCGUCCUAAGCCUCGUCGAUCCAAGUCACCCACCAGGAGGCCACGCUCAAGCUCCCCGUCCCGUCUUGGGAUGUCAAGUGUACAACCAUUACCAGAGAAUCCCUGCGAGAGGAAAGAAGAGCACUGAGUGAUGCCAUAAGGGAGGCAGACAGAGCUGCAUAUUACAAAUCCCUGGGAAUCGAAUUAUGAUGCAGUGGUCCUCAUGAAGUAUUUCGUGACACAGGUUUUUCUAUGAAGAAAACCUUUUGGGGAAGUGUGUGCAUAGCAUCGGAGUUUGGCUGACAGUCUUUUUAUAAUUUAUUGUACAUUAUAAUAUUCGUGAGAUUUAUCAAGAGUUUUAUAUCUUCAGUAAUACUGCUAUCAUGAUCAAUGACUAACUCGGUUUACAUUUUAGAAUAAGCCUUGAAAUCAGAGCACGCUUUAGGUUUUAACUUAAAUAUUCAUUCUUGAAUCGCAAAUCUACAGUUUUAUGUAUUUAUUUUGUCAGAGUAUGUGGUUGGAAUACGUGGUGUUGUUGAUCUGAAGAUGCAUGAUGUAAUUAAAGAUUUUAGGGUGGUUCGGAAAUCAGACUUUCAUUUAUAUCCUGUAACACAUGCCAAAUGGAUGUUCUAUAUAAAAAGAGUUGUGUACAUUAAUAAAGCUAUGCAUGCAAAUAAAUGGAUAUGAAUUUUUAAAAAAAUACA